CUGCUUCCGUCACGCCGCUGAAGCGGAGUAGGGCCGAGCGCGGAACGCUAGGAGCUGCUGGGUGUGUGUCGCAGCGGGUUUUCUCGGCUGUUUACGGAGCUUCUAGGAUGGAGCCGGCUCCGGAGGGAGCGAGCGUGACCGCAGUACCUGUGUCAGCUGCCGACAGCACGGUGGAGUUGGCCGAAGUCGAAGAAGGAGUUGGAGUAGCGGGUGAGAACGACGCAGCCCCGAGAGGAGCGGAGGCCGUUGGUGACAGUGAGGAGGACGGGGAAGAUGUGUUCGAAGUGGAGAAGAUCCUGGACAUGAAGACGGAGGGGGGUAAAGUUCUUUACAAAGUUCGCUGGAAAGGCUAUACAUCAGAUGACGACACCUGGGAGCCUGAGGUUCACCUGGAGGACUGUAAAGAGGUGCUUCUUGAAUUUAGGAAGAAGAUUGCAGAGAACAAAGCCAAAGCAGUUAGGAAGGACAUUCAGAAACUAUCCUUAAAUAAUGACAUAUUUGAGGCAAACUCUGAUAGCGAUCAGCAAAGUGAGACAAAAGAAGAUACUUCCCCAAAGAAGAAAAAGAAAAAAUUAAGGCAGAGAGAAGAGAAAAGCCCAGAUGAUAUGAAAAAGAAAAAGGCAAAGGCCGGAAAACUAAAAGACAAAUCCAAACCAGACCUGGAGAGCUCCUUGGAAAGCUUAGUUUUUGAUUUAAGGACAAAGAAAAGAAUUUCGGAAGCCAGAGAAGAACUAAAGGAGUCCAAAAAGCCCAAAAAAGAUGAAGUAAAAGAAACAAAGGAAUUAAAGAAAGUUAAAAAGGGUGAAAUAAGAGAUUUAAAGACGAAAACAAGAGAAGAUCUCAAAGAAAAUAGAAAAACAAAAAAAGAAAAAUGGGUCGAAUCCCAGGUGGAAUCUGAAUCAAGUGUACUUAAUGAUUUGCCCUUUACAGAGGAUGACAGUGAAGGGCUACUUUCUGAGAGCAGAGAAGAGAGACAAAAAACUAAAAGUGCAAGAGAGAAAGCAGGGCAGGACGCAGGGCUGGAGCGCAGCUUCGAAAAGCCCCUGGAUAGUGCCUUGAGUGCUGAGGAGGAUACCGAUGUCAGAGGCAGGAGGAAAAAGAAGACCUCGAGAAAGUCUGAGGACACUAGAGACAGCAGGAAGCUAGAGAACAAGAACACUUUCUUAGAGAAGAAAACUGUGCCUAAAAAGCAGAGGAAUCAAGACAGAGGAAAAAGUGCUGCAGAGUUAGAGAAACUGACACCUGUGUCUGCCCAAACUCCAAAGGGCUGGAGGUUGAGCGGGGAAGAGAGAAGCCUCCGGUCCACUGACUCAGCCGAGGAGGACAAAGAGACCAAAAAAAAUGAACCCAAAGAAAAAUAUCAGAAAAGGCAUGAUUCCGACAAGGAAGAAAAAGGGCGAAAAGAGGCAAAAGGAUUAAAGACACUUAAGGAAAUCAGAAGUGCAUUUGACUUAUUAAAAUUAACACCAGAAGAAAAAAAUGAUAUUUCUGAGAAUAAUCGAAAAAGAGAAGAAAUGCCACUGGAUUUAAAAACCAUAGAUGAUCACAAAACCAAGGAAAACAAACAGUCACUUAAAGAAAGGAGAAACACCAGAGACGAAACGGAUACUUGGGCAUACAUUGCUGCGGAAGGUGAUCAGGAGGUUUUAGACAGUGCAUGCCAAGCAGAUGAGAAAUCAGAUGGCAGGCAGCAGAUUCUGAGUUUGGGUAUGGACCUUCAGUUGGAAUGGAUGAAGUUAGAAGAUUUCCAAAAGCACCUUGAUGGGGAUGAUGAGAAUUUUGCUGCAGCAGAUGGAAUUCCAAGUAAUGUGUUAAGGGAUGCCGUGAAAAAUGGGGAUUAUAUUACUGUAAAAGUUGCCCUUAAUUCAAAUGAAGAAUAUAACCUGGACCAAGAGGAUUCCAGCGGGAUGACACUGGUGAUGCUUGCCGCUGCAGGAGGGCAAGACGACCUCCUGCGACUCCUCAUCACGAAAGGCGCGAAAGUGAACGGUCGGCAGAAGAACGGGACCACCGCCCUCAUUCAUGCUGCAGAGAAGAACUUUUUAACUACAGUGGCUAUUCUUUUGGAAGCAGGAGCUUUUGUAAAUGUCCAGCAAAGCAAUGGUGAGACCGCGCUGAUGAAGGCCUGUAAAAGAGGAAAUUCAGACAUUGUACGACUCGUAAUUGAAUGUGGAGCUGACUGCAACAUUUUGUCAAAGCACCAAAACAGUGCCCUGCACUUUGCAAAGCAGUCUAACAAUGUGCUUGUGUACGACUUGCUGAAGAGCCAUUUAGAGACACUUUCCAGAGUAGCAGAAGAGACAAUAAAGGAUUACUUUGAAGCUCGCCUUGCUCUGCUAGAACCAGUUUUUCCAAUUGCAUGUCAUCGACUCUGUGAGGGGCCAGAUUUUUCAACAGAUUUUAAUUACAAACCCCCACAGAAUAUGCCAGAAGGCUCUGGCAUCCUGCUGUUUAUCUUCCAUGCAAACUUUUUGGGUAAAGAAGUUAUUGCGCGGCUCUGUGGACCAUGCAGUGUACAAGCUGUAGUUCUGAAUGAUAAAUUUCAACUUCCUGUUUUUCUGGACAGUCAUUUUGUUUACUCAUUCAGCCCUAUUGCAGGUCCCAAUAAACUCUUCAUAAGGUUGACGGAAGCACCCUCUGCCAAGGUGAACAUCCUUUCUUCAUAUUUAGUGUCACUACUCAAGUUGUUACUCCAGAUUACUGUGUCAUCAUUAGAAAAGAAUUCCAAGAAUCCUGGUGUGUCUGUCCUAGAGACAGGCACUUCCUUGAGUAGUGAUUCUAGGUGCACUCCCUCGGUCUACACUGUGUUAGACAUGAUAAUGUGGCAGGAAAAGGACCAGGCUGCAGCUGAGAAGAACGCCCUCUAGAGGAUGCAGCCGUCUGAAUCAUGUUCUAGGCCUUCGUAUGGAAUUGCCAAAUGUGUUAUCUUUAGGGCGGUCCCUAAUCUCUCUUGUGUGAAAGGAAGCUGGACAAAAUAGUCUGUCUAAUAAAACAGUAAUAUAAAAUUAUAAGCACUUGGAAUUAUUUCUUGAAUUAAAAUGGCAGUGAUCUAACAGUGUAAAUUGAUGAUAAGCAACUUGAAAAUAUUGCCAAAUAAUAGAAGCAAACCUCAGCUAUGUGUGGUUUUUCUUGUAAGGGUAAAUCUGGAUCUGUACUGACACCUGCAUUCUUUUCUUUCAACAGGUUAAGUUGCUAAUAGGUGCAUAUAGAGUGCAGCUGCAGUGACCAAACAGCAGGGAUUGGGUGGAGUUCUCUGCAGACCGAUUCCUGUAUCUCUUUGACAGCAGUUUGGAAUUCCAGCACAUCUAUGUAAAGUUUUGUCUAAACCUCUUGCAAUCAAGCCUGUUGUCUGUCAUAGUCCGUAAGAUGCAACAUAGCUGUGUCUGUGCCAGGGUGCUGGAAUCUCAGUGCAGUGUCCAGACUGCAUAUUUCAGUUUUUCCACAAUGUGGAUAGUACAUAUGAGGAUUAUUUAAGAAAAUUAAAGACUUUUUCUUUUUUUUUUUGGAGAUAGAGUUUCACUCUUGUGGCCCAGGCUGGAGUGCAAUGGCACAACCUCAGCUCACCGCAACCUCUGCCCCCCAAGUAGCUAGGAUUACAGGCAUGCCCAGCUAAUUUUUUAUUUUUAGUAGAGACGGGGUUUCUCCAUGUUGGGCAAGCUGGUCUCAAACUCCUGGCCUCAGGUGAUCCAACCACCUCAGCCUCCAAAGUGCUGGGAUUACAGGUGUGAGCCACUGUGCCCAGCAAGACUUAUUAACUUGAAAUUUUUUGUUAGCCCUGGUGAACUUCUGUGUUUAAAAAAAAGUAAAAAAUUCAACUAUGAAGCAUUUGCUUACAGCAAGGGAGCCAUGUUAUAGUCAAGUUACCCAAGCACGGAAUAAAGUGUGGGUUUGUUGCCCUUGAAGGGGUUGGGAGUCCUGAUCUUUUUCUAGUAGACACAUUCCCCAAGCACAAAAAGUGGAGACGGCAGUCGCUCUAUAAAUGUGCUGUAGUCACUUAUCUUUUCAAAGGGUAACAAGUCUAAGAUUUAGCAAGAAUAUAAAUCAGUACACUACGAGGCAUGAAAUAAUAUUAAAUGUAAACUUUUGGCCGGGUGUCGUGGCUCACACCUAUAAUCCCAGUGCUUUGAAGGCUGAAGCUGGAGGACCGCUUAAGCACAAGAGUUCAAGACCAGCCUGGGUAACACGGGUGGCACACACCCAUAGUCCCAGCUUUUCAGGAAGCUGAGGUGAAAGGAUUGCUUGAGCUGGGAGGCCAAGGCUGCAGUGAACCGUGAAAGGCCACUGCACUCCAGCCUAGGUGACAGAAUGAAAUCCUGUCUCAAAAACAAAAACAAAACAAUGAGCUUUUAACUUUGUUCUUGGAAUCUGUACCUUUUUUUAAAGCCACAUCUUGUACCUUUGUUUUGAGUAUCAACUGGGAAGAUGGGACUUAGGUAUCAGCCAAGCCUAUUACCUAUCAGCUGUGUGGGAGCCGCCACCCUAUCUUGGAAGAGUUCCUGCUUCUGUAGAUUACCCACAGGUUGAACUCAUAGCCUCUUAAAUAAUAUCUGGCAAGCAUAAAUCAAGCUCAGUCUGGGUUAUGGAGAAGUUGAAAAUUGUUUUGUUCCUCAUUAGUUUCUAAUUGUAUAAAAUACGAUUUUAAUGAAAACUUUUCAGAAUUCAUAUUUGUAUAGAUAUUUCAGAGCACCAUUUUUACUUUACAUCCUAAAACUGCCUUUUCCUAUGGUUUUGUCAAUAAAACAUUAUGACGUUGGUC